GUAUUCGACGGGUGCACAACAAACGUUACGUCUCGCUGUUUGUCGGGAAUUGGUAGUAAUUAUCGAGUGAAAGUGCCGCGUGCUAGAUAUUAAAAAAAAAAUGCAUUCGUUUUUGAGAAAAGUUAUUUCCCCAACCACUGCCAACCACGGUCUUCAACAGUUCCGUACUGUGGCGACGAAACCACGUACGGCGGUGGUAAUGCUGAACAUGGGAGGACCGCAGAACACCGAUCAAGUACACGAUUACUUGCUCAACAUUAUGACUGACCGCGACAUGAUCCAGCUGCCGGUUCAAAGCAAACUCGGCCCGUGGAUUGCGAAGCGACGUACACCAGAGGUACAGAAGAAGUAUUCGGAAAUCGGCGGCGGGUCGCCGAUCCUCAAGUGGACCAAUCUACAGGGCGAACUGAUGUGUAAGCAGCUGGAUAAGCUUUCACCAGAAACUGCCCCCCACAAGCACUACGUAGCCUUCCGGUACGUCAACCCACUGACGGAGGACACGUUCCGAGAGGUGGAACGCGACCAGCCGGAGCGAGUCGUGCUGUUCUCGCAGUAUCCGCAGUACAGCUGUGCGACAUCCGGUUCGAGUUUCAAUGCUAUCUACACACACUACAAGGAUAACCCCUCGAAAGGGCUAGCAAAUGCACGCUGGAGCAUGAUUGAUCGCUGGGGUACGCAUCCACUGCUGGCGAAAACGUUUGCCGACAACAUCCGCAAGGAACUGGAAAAGUUCCCCCAAGAGAAGCGGAAAGAGGUUGUGCUACUCUUCUCCGCCCAUUCGCUGCCCCUGCGGGCAGUCAACAGGGGCGAUGCGUACCCGUCGGAGGUGGGUGCAACGGUGCAGAACGUCAUGGCCGAGCUAGGUUGGGCGCAACCGUACUGCCUGGUUUGGCAGUCGAAGGUUGGCCCACUGCCCUGGCUGGAACCGUUCACCGAGGACGCCAUCAAAGGCUACAUUAAGCAGGGUAAGAAGAAUUUCAUCCUCGUACCAAUUGCAUUUGUAAACGAGCACAUCGAGACACUACACGAGCUUGACAUUGAGUACUGCCAGGAGCUGGCACACGAGGUCGGGGCGGAAAAAAUUGGCCGAGCGGCCGCCCCCAAUGAUCACCCGCUGUUCAUCGAGGCACUCGCCGAUGUGGUGCAGAAGCAUUUAGCCAGUGGGGUCACCGUGGGACCAAAAUUCCUGUUGCGCUGUCCGGCAUGUGUGAACUCAAAGUGUUCGGCCAGCAAACGGUGGUACAACGAAUUGUGCAAUUGAAUUAACAUGCAUAGACACAUUAGAUGCAGCCUGGGGCUGAUAAUGAGCUAUUAAGCAACCAAUAAAAUAAAAAAUCUCCACUGCAGGGCAACGGAACAUGGGUUGUUAUCUACAAAUGAAUUUAGUUGGCAUUAUCACAUCACGUAGCUGGAAGGUAGAUGCACGCAACAGUUGGCGCAAGACUUCGUUGCGAACGGACAAGAUUAUUGGCCAACGUCGAGUGUACCAGAUUAGUGAUGUAUUAUCAACGGUUUGAAGAGCACCUUUCUGACGGUGCAGCAUUUAAUUAGAGUUUUUGAAUAUAUAACAUUUUUAUUUGGAUGGAAUGAUGAUUGAUUUUGUUGGCGUUGGUACACUUUUGUGCAAUAAGAAGCUCUAAGAUACAAUAAACGUUUUGAUUACUCAGUAA